GCUCGCGCUCUUUCACAUGUCAGCUUCCGGUAUAGACCGUGGUAUAGACCUACUUCCUGUGUAAUGUUUGUUUGCAGCUGCAGUAGUAAAGAACUGGAGUAAAGCUAUACCAAGUAUCAACCGCUGCAACCAAAGUUAGAAAUGUCCAUGUGAAUGCAUCGAAAUUAAGUGUUUGGAAUACCUAAUGGGACUGUUUGGGAAAACACCAGAGCGAUCGCCGAAAGAACAGGUGCGAGAAUGGACUUCAAAGCUGAGAAAAGAAGGGUACCAGCUGGAUCGCCAAAUCAGAGCUAUUCAGAGACAAGAAGAAGGUGUCAAGAAGUCUUUGAAAGAGGCCGCAAAAAAGAAUGACAAGGAGGUGUGUCUUAUCCUGGCUAAAGAGGUGCUUCGUGCUCGCAAAGCUAUCAAUCGGAUCCACGCCUCCAAGGCACAGUUGAACUCCGUCGUUAUGAGCAUGAACCAUCAGCUCGCUACCCUUCGGUUGGCUGGCUCAAUGCAAAGAAGUACUGAAGUUAUGAAGAGCAUGCAGCAGUUGAUCAAAGUGCCCGAAGUAGCGCAGACGAUGCGAGACCUGUCGAAAGAAAUGCUGCGAGCAGGAAUAAUAGAAGAAAUGCUGGAUGACACAAUGGAAGGCCUUGAUGACCAGGACGACUUGGAGGAAGAGGCACAGGAGGAAGUUGACAAGGUCUUGUGGGAGCUGACUGCAGGCCAGCUUGGCAAGGCCCCAACUGCUGUUACAGAAUCUUUGCCAUCAGAAGACAUCCAAGAAGCUGGUCCAUCGUCUGCCAUAGUAGAAGACGAAGACGAUGUGACGAAGAUGCAAGAGCGAUUGCAGGCCUUACGCAGCUGAAUUGCAGCCAGCCUGUGGCUUGUACACCAAGUAUGGUUGUUAUCAGCGUUUGCCAUGCCAUUAGAGUUGCAUUGUUCCUUGUUUCCUGCUUGUUGGCAACACGCAAACCUGUUCAGUCUCUCCUCAGGAUGGCAGCGAGGAUUGCAUGUUGAAUGAUGCAGUUCGAAACUGUCAUUAGUUGUCACACAUAGAAAUCAUUGAGUGAUUUUUGGCAAUGAAGCAUUGUUUGAUACAUGUCAAGGCCACGUCAAGAUCCCACUCAGCUGCUGUCGCACCAUUUUACGUUUGUGCUCUAUUAAAUCGGAAAAAGUAAACCAAUUGGCAAUAGCCAUCCAUGUACAGUUGCGUAGGUUAAGUGCAAUGUUCAUUUGUUAUAAACAUGGAAGCACCUCUGUUUGUGAUGUCUGUUUUCAAGACUUGGUUGUUUCUAGGCAAGGUCAGGCAACCACACCUGGUCAUUAUUUUUUAGUGAUCAUAAAAGUGAUGGAUGUAGCAGAUACUAGUUGGUCAAGGAAAAAGCACAAGUGUGGCAAUAUUUCACAAAAUGCUAAAGGCAUGUUGUGCAGGGGUUUACUUUGUUUGCAGCAAAACAGCCAAAACAAGCAGCCUCAGCAGGGCAUUGCACAUCUUGACACCAGGAACACCCAGUCAAGCUCAAGUUAUGCUGUAUCUUUCUAAAUUUUGUGUAAUUUUCUAAACAGCAAGGCAAUUCUUGACUGCCUAUCAUUCCCACCUACUUGCAGCUACUGAGCACACUAGCACCAGAAUUCCCUUUAGUCAUUCAUGCAAGAAACUAUGGUGACAAGUGCUGCAGCUAGCCAUCCAAUUUUGAUUUUUUCAACAUGGUUGCCUACAUGUAUACAAGUGUUUCAUUGGUGAAAAUUGCUUAUUCAAGUACAGCACAGCAUCUAUCACUAUCCUUACUCCAAUGUUUCAAACUAACUUAAGAAUGAGAAAGGGCAACCACAUUUUAAUACAACAGGGACUGUUGAGGCGGUGCAAGGCUUCAAGAGGCUCCAACAUGUGUGAUGCUCCCCUGAACCCAACUUGCUACUAGCUGCCCUUUCCUCCCAAACAUAGGUGCGGCCACAGUGGGGCAACAAAUGUUCAAGAAAUAGCAGCUGCAGGGAACAGGCUUGCAAGAUUCGUUUGACCCAUUGCUAGAGUUUAAAAACCUUUGCUAAUAUAUAAACAAUGGGCAGUUGCAAGCUUUUGGUUGGUGUCCAUUAUGCACAGAAUUGUGCACUGCUGAAUAAAAUAUGCCUUCAAUGAA